UUAUAGAUUUGUCUCGUUUCACCAGUCAUCAAUGGUCCCUUACGUUUAAAAAUACAAACAUUACGAGACUUUCGUAAAGCGCGGGGAAAAGAGAACAAAGCGCGUUCGUUGAAGAAAUCCACGCCAAUCAAAGAGAAAUUAAUUUCAAGUGGAUAUAACCAAGAGAAAUAUUCGAAUUGCGCGGUUGUUUUGUUGUACUGUAGAUCUGGAUUGUAUUUGGCUGUGAAAAAUGGACAACUAGUUGGAGUUAAUAUGACAGAAAUGAAGGAAGGAGAAGGUAUAUUUCGUAUUGAAACAUACGGAACAAGUAUUAUCCGAUUGAAAAAUAUCAAAUCCAAUAUGUAUGUUAAAAUGACAAAGAAAGGACAUGUCAAGUUGACAAAGAAGAAAAAUGCUGACAGCUUAUUCCUGCAACAUCAUGAAGAAAACAAAUUCAUCACGUUCGCUUCUGAAAAAUACUUCAUCAACGAAAUCAACGACAUGUUUAUUAGCGUCAAAAGAAAUGGAAGAUUAAGGCUUGCUAAAAACACUGAAGCCGGACAGAAAUCUUCUCAAUUUUUUUAUUUUGUACAAAAUAAAACAUGCACUUGAAAUUGAUUUGAUAAAAAGGCACAGUGGUUAUAGUACUCUUCACUGGUACACGCUUUUCUGUGCAAAUAACACUUUAGAGAUGACUUACAAAUCAAAAAUUCUAUGCUAAAAUUCGACCCAGCAUUCAAUUUUUAGCAUUUCUUCUUGUCCCAAACGUCAAAAUCACAAAAAGCAAUUUUUAUUCUCAAUUUCUGAAAGUUGACUGAUUAGUUGAUGGAUUGGUUGAACAAACUUUCUCUUUUCCAGAGGCAUUUAUAUAUCAAUUUUUUUUUCUCCUUUCCUAAAGUGGAAUUAAAGUUUAGCACAAACUUCUUGAUUUGUGAGCUCCUUAGCAACACUACGUUAAAAACCUUAAAAUGUAGCUGAAGAAACUUUUUAUAAUAAAGUUUAAGCUUUAUCUUAUACUACUUGUUGAGCCGUGGAAACAUAAAAUAUUUAAUCUGCGGGGGACCUGGAAUAAUGCUGCGCGCAGCCAUUUUGAACACGUAUACAACUGUUGUUAUAGAGACGCUACUUUAGCACGUUAUCGCAACACUUCCUGGUAUCCAGUUUUAAACUUACUGGAAACCGAUAAAAUUUCAAACUUUGGUUGGUUAUAUGCAAAAGCGUGUACCUCUUAAAUUAUUCAUACAUUUUUCUUUUGGUUGUAUAAAUCAUCUGUGUUUUUUUGUUAAAUUAUAAAUCAUAAAAUUUUUAGCAAGAGAGUAUAUACAUAUAUCGACUAUUUAUUUUCUGUGUAAUGUUUGUAUAUUUGUCCAGUAGUUUAUAUAUCAGAAUAAUAUUUAUGUUGUCCUUCUUGUUCGAACGACUGUUUUGGAUGUGUAUCAUAUUAUUUGCAUGUCCAUUUCUUUCAGAGC